UACUUGGGGAGACAGGUUGAGAUGGCUAAUUCCGACAGCUGUUACAGCUCUCCGGCUGGGUCACUUUCUUCCAUUCCUGGAAUAGCACCCAGGCAACCCCUUGGUCACAGCAGUUCACAACAAUUUUUCAAAACGUUUGCUCCAGAAAUGGCGUCCCAUGACGAAGGGAAUCCGAAUGGCGACCCACUGCACGGAUCUGAACACAACACGGAGCUGUGGAACAUUUUCCGGAAGGACCGGCUACCGGAAGAGUCCAAGUGGUGUGUGGGGUUCACAGACUCCUUCUUCAGGGUGUUCAAGAUCCUGUUCUACAUCUUUCUGUUUCUGGUGCUCAUUGGGGGCGUUAUUGUGACAAGGGGAGGUCUCCAGAUCCUGGCCUCUCUACUGGGUGACCAUGAUAGAAGAUUUCCAAAUAGGACAGUGACACAAGAUUUCAUCUCGUACCUGUUCUUCUUCCUGAUCGCAGUGCCAGACACAUUCAAACUGCUGCAGAGCGUCGGACAAUUCGUGUUUGGAAACAGAGAGAGUCCAACAUGUGCGAGAUUUUUAAUGGUAAUCACAAGAGAAGCUCUCCAUCUCUUUGGCCUUGGAUGUUUGCUUUUCAAGGUCAUGCCUUACCUUGACCCCCUUCAAACAUGUCUCGUGACCCUCUCAGUCCCUGUCAUACCAUCAGUUGUUAAUCUCGUGUCCUACUGCCAUCGUAAAGCAUGUCAACUUCGAAACAGUUUAAAGAAGUUUUUCAAUAUCUUAAGUUCCAUUUUCAUUCUUACUGCUUUUAUUGUAGUAAUAAUAACGAUAGCACAAUCAGAUAACGUAAAAAUCACAAAACGUCAACUGGAGAACGGAGAACUUCUUGCUUGGGUGAUACUAUCUGUUGUUCUAAUGUCUGCUAGAUGGAUUGAAACCUACUCCUUCUUGUGCAGAAGAUUCAUAGAAGACAGUAAAGACAAGCGGGUUAUUGACAAAGGAUAUGUGACAACGCACAUGUGUUCUAGUUUCUUGAGGAUCAUUCUACUGAUUGCCCUGUUCCCUACUUUAUACUGUCCUGACAUUCGAGGCAUCAAUGAAACAUACGAUGCGUUUAUGAAUUUAACAAAUACAACAGGAUCCCUUCCUCUGAACUGCAUUGAAAUAAAUAUAACGAAUAAGAAUAUAAACACCACCGUGUUUUGUCUGGAAGAAGGAAUAUCUUAUUGGUUAGUCAUUGGUCCAUUCUUGGCCCACACUAUCGCAGCGUUCUUGACAACCCACUUCGGAGUGUUAGCAUGUAGACUACGAAUGCAGAGGCUCGGCUUUGCAUUACCUUUGACCAUUGCUACCCCGCUGUACGUCUUAUUGGUGGUCGUAUUCAAUGAAACAGACGUAACUUUUGCUAACGGCCUCUUACAAUUGAAAUCGGAAGAUAAAUGGCUGUUAUUUGCGUUUUUCAUCAUUGGAUGGGCAGGCCAGUUUUGGAUCUGUCGACAUGCAUGGUUCAAAAGUCGCCAGGACCGAUUGUCGUAUGCCAACAAGUUAUUUGUGUUGCCUCAUUACUGUAGCGCUAUGGUGGAUCUUUCGCUGUUACAUAGUCGUAAAAAGAGAAACCAAUCCAAGGAGGAGUAUAAGGAAGAGAUAUCUAAAGCAGAUAGCAAAGUUUAUAUCUGUGCUACCAUGUGGCAUGAAAACAGAAUCGAAAUGAAGCAAAUUCUGAUAUCCAUAUUUCGGUUGGACCACCACCAGUUUCAGUAUGAAUACAGCAAGAACGUUCUUCAUCACGACGAGAAAGACUACUAUACAUUUGAAGCGCAUAUACCAUUUGACGAUGCUAUGGAAACCAAUAACGCUACAAACAAAAGAGGACCAAACGACUUUGUGAGACAAUUAAUGGAAAUUGUGGAUGAAGCAGCAAGUGCGUUCUAUCAAAGAAAGAUUACGUUGCACCCUCCAAAGAAAUAUGUGACCCCCUAUGGAGGGCGUUUGGAAUGGGAACUUCCUGGAGAAAACAAACUCAUAGUUCAUCUCAAAGAUAAGGAUAAAAUCCGUCACAAGAAGAGGUGGUCACAGAUCAUGUACAUGUACUACUUUAUUGGAUAUGAACUUUUGAUGAAGGAGAGAGAUCCAACGACUCUAACAAAUCCCAACUUUGAUGAUGUACCUUCAAUAUUUCAACUGCUAAGUGAGCAUGUUAAGCAAAAGGCUGAAAACACUUACAUUCUUGCCCUUGACGGUGAUGUUGACUUCCAACCGGAAGCACUUCAACUUCUAAUUGACAGAAUGAAGAUAAAUCCAAAAGUUGGAGCCACUUGUGGUCGCAUCAAACCAGGAGGAUCUGGACCAGUAGUCUGGUACCAGCGUUUUGAGUACGCCAUAGGUCACUGGCUCCAGAAGUCCGCCGAGCAUAUGUUUGGUUGUGUUCUCUGUAGUCCUGGCUGUUUCAGUCUGUUCCGUGUUAAAGCACUCAUGGACGAUAAUGUUAUGAGAACAUAUGCUACCCUACCCACCGAAGCAAGACACUUUCUUCAAUAUGACCAAGGAGAAGAUCGUUGGCUCUGCACUCUCAUGCUUCAACAAGGUUAUAAAAUUGAAUAUUGUGCCGCCGCAGAAGCAAUUACAUUUGCCCCUGAGGAAUUUAAAGAGUUCUUUAACCAACGAAGGCGUUGGAUGCCAUCUACGAUGGCUAAUAUCAUGGAUCUUCUCCAAAGCUAUGCCCGCACGACAAAAGUGAACCCAAACAUUUCAUACUUUUACGUCUUUUAUCAGAUCAUUUUAUUUUUAUCAUCAGUUUUAGGUCCUUCUACUGUGCUAUUGGCUUUAGAAUCGGCCAUUGGAUCAGUAUUUGGGGUAGCACCCUGGCUUGCAUAUUUAUUGAUUUACGGACCGACUGUUUUGUUCAUUAUCAUAUGUCUAAAAGCAAAAACGGACACACAACUAAAUUGGGCUAUGGUACUCAGCGCCAUAUAUUCUCUUCUCAUGAUGGCGGUGUUUGUGGGGACUCUUGUGUCCAUCGCUAGCGAGGGAUGGUACACUCCUACGGGGAUGUUUUUCUACAUUUUAGUGGGGACAUUUAUAAUUGCUGGGCUUCUUCAUCCUCAUGAGUUUGGAGAUCUGUUAUGGGGCGUCCUGUAUUUCAUAUGCAUACCAGCAGGAUAUUUGUUCCUAAUUAUUUACGCUAUUUGCAAUUUGAACAAUGUUUCAUGGGGAACAAGAGAAAAUAAAACGGCUGUAUUAGAACACUCUGGGCCAGAUCGCAAGAAAACCAAAAAGAAAGAGACGGAAGAUGAAAUUGAUUUUGUAACCACGGAGAUGAUCAGUGGGAUGAUAAAACAAGUCAAAAAAUCUAACUUAGCAGGGGCAUCAUGCUCAGAGGCUUUCUUUUCAAUUUUUCGAUGGAUGAAUAACCUAGUUAUCCUUAAAUCUUUAGAAUCUGUACAAAAUAUUUUCGAUAAGACAAAAGACGAAGUCGAAGUCGAUGAGACAGUUGGCAAAAAUUCCCUUUUUAAAAGCAGGCGCAUGAAAACACCAAAAUCUAAAGAAAAUAGUUUUGACGAUCGAUCGUGGGCAACAGAAAAUGUUUUGCAGUCAAAACCUUCUGUUCUUGAACCGCUAGAGGACAAAUUUUGGAAAGGUUUGAUUCAUCAUUAUUUGUACCCGUUAGAAUCAGAUAAGAAAAAAGAGGAGAAUGACAAGGAGAUGUUGGCAGAACUGCGAAAUAAAGUAGCAUUCGGAUUCUUUUUUCUCAACGCAUUGUGGUUAGCAACCAUGACGGCAAUGAACGAGGCAAAACAUAUAAUCAAUAUUACAAUAAGUCAACCUUCAGGGCCGCCAAUUAUCAUUGAACCCCUUGGAUUUGUUUUCCUGGUUGUAUUUACAAUAUUAUUGCUGUUGCAGUUUAUUGGGAUGUUGAUGCAUAGGCAUGAAACACUGUUACAUAUUUUGUCGAUUACAAAACUCACACAACGAAAAACACAUGACAUCAAAAAUGAGAUCGGAAAAAUAGCUAAGUGUGCUGUGUCUGACGAAAGUCUUAGUGACAGCGAAGAAAAUGAAGAGAAAGCGAUAUAUCAAGAUGAGGAUAUGAUAAAACGUGCAGCAGACGAACGAGAAGCAAGGAGACACCACAACCUACCAAACAGAUAUGAGAAAAGAAGGAACCAAGCCCUUAACUUGCGUAAUACAGUUCGGAAAACUUUGAACCAGCAGCACACCUUAGAUACCACGAACAGAAGGGGAGGUGGAUUGAAAAAUCAAGCGUUUGCGAUCCUUGAGUGAAAAAAAGCCUUAAUAUGGUUUAAAAAGUUGACAUUAACAAGAAGAAAUAACAGAAUAUAUAACAAUUGCAUGCUGCAAAUUCAAUUCCUAAGAUUUAUGUUAAAUUUGAAGAUGUGCUAGGUGUAAUGCUUUUGAUUACUUUAUACUCGACAAUGUGUGUAUUUCGAUUUUGUUUGCGUUAAACGUUCGAGAUAUUCAUGAUGUCAUCCAAUACCUUUAGCAAAAUUCAACAGAAAAAAAUACUAAGUGGUUAACGAAUGUACUUAAUUUUUGUCUAUUUUUGCGGAUGGGUUAUUUUGACAGUUUUUACCGAUGUUGUUUGUCAUUUCUGAACAGUUAUAAUCUAGUUUGGUAAGAAUUUUUUUCAUUUGUGGAUACAUUUAAGUUUUAAUGAACUUCAUAUUUUUAUAUAAAAUACAGGGAUGCAAUCUGAAUUGUAUACUUAAACAAUUUUUCUAAAACUCCGUUUAUAUUAAUGAUGUCGUGAACUGGAGCUGCACUAAUGCCCCUCACCAUUGUAGGAAAUGUUAAGUUUAAACUUAAUGAUGACUAGGUCAGUCUAUGACCAUGCCCAGUUUCAUCGGUAACAUUGUUGUCGGUUCGUCAGUAUCGAUGUCACAUAUCCCAUUUUAUCCUUUACAUUCAAAGAGAGUCAAUUUAUUUACCAGUUAAAAUUAAACUUUAUAUUAUUGAAUUUGUCAUUUCUUGCUUGAAUUUAAACGUGUUUGCUAAAAUUAUACGUCAGGCAUUAAACAACGAGGACAUGAUUUACAGUGUUAUGCAUUUAUUUGCAUCUUACCUUUUUACGCAAGACUUACUGCAAGGAUUUUUGUCUAACCAUUGUUAUAGUACUAAGGGAAGUAAUACAUUCAAUGAUUGUGAUUAUUUUUUUUUACUUUGCAUUGUAUCUUUGUCGUACACAUAAAUACAUUUUAUCUUACCUUUUUACACAUUAUUUAUUGUAAAGAUUUUUGUUUAACAAUUGUAACAGUACUAAGGGAAGUAAUAUGUUAAAUCUGAUUGCGUAUUUCUAGUUCUUUUGUUAUUGACUUAAAAAAACAGUAAUACAUUAACUGCCUUGUUAAAAUUACUGUAACAAAAACUUAUUUAUAAACAUGAUAAUACAAAUGUGUUAUGAUUUCAUUCAAUUUAUACUGAACAUGCUGGAUCUGAAACUCUCUAAGGGAGGAAAUCUAUUUCUAUCAGUUGAUAUACUAAACAUAUUUGUAUAUAAUAAUGAAUAUACUCUAUUUAUAUGAAUACAAAAUGAAAUUUGGGCGUUAAUCAAACAAGAACAUUUUAUUAGAUUUAUUUUAAAUUAAAAGGUGCAAGCGCUAAAACUCUUUUGCACCCAUUUAUUAGGACUUGCUUUGCGUGGCAUCAAAUGUUGUCCUGAUUUCUACAAGGUAAAGUGGUAACAAAUCAUUAAAAUAUAUGCUAACUGGCAUUGACAACGACUUUUUUGGCUAAUAAUCCAAAACGAAAUUCAUAAUUUACAGUAUCAUUUUGUAAAAUAUUUUACCUUACAAAACAUGUUUAAUCUUAUUUCUUUUUUUAAGUUUAUUUCAUAGAAAAACAAGUAUUCCUUUUAAAGAAUGAUCGGCAAUAAUGAUAUAUUGAUAGCUAGAAGCAAUCAACAUGAUCAGUUUGAUGCAAAAUAAUUUAAAAUGUACUGUAUUUUUACAAAAUAUAGAAUAUUUUGAAGCUGUACACCAUAAUUUCAUCAUUAUAAACCGUUAACAAAUUUAAUUUUGAAAUAAAUUUGGGGAAAGC